AUGGUAAUGGAAACGAUGCUUCCAGGCGGAGUCACGACUCAGUACGUGGACCGCUGGGUCGCGCAAGGUCUGUUUACACCAGAGAAGAUACUGGACAGAUUCCUAGAGCAGACGAACACCUAUAAUAUCAACACGGAAGGUCUUGAAGCGACUUUCAACUCGGUGGCUACCGAAGACGAGACAGGAAUCAAACGUGUCGACGAGAAGGGAUUUACCAAACUUCUCACACGUUCAAGUGUUCUGCCCAAACACCUCGCGGACGUGGGCUCCAUCAUUUUUCGAAGUUUACAUUACCUUUCGAUAUACCCCUUCCGCUAUGAGCAUCCCUCAGCACUCACUUUGAGCGAACUAACUCGAGCACUCCUUUGGCUGAUGCCAUAUGACAGGGGAGUCACAUUCGAAUCAUGGGGUGGUGGCUGGUGUGAAUUCAGCCCAGCAGACCAUAGAAGACUCAUUUUUCAGAGUCUAGCUACGGAACGAAAUGGCCACAAGCUACCCCAUGAUGCUGAUGAAUGGAGAAGAGAGGCCCGUCGUCGCGCGUAUGACUUGCCCGAUGAGAAAAUCAAAUCAACCCUUUCACAGCUAGGGGAUCCAAAUUAUGACGAUUGGGGAGAUGAGUUGUACCAUGAUCUUCUUAGUGUAGUGAUGACUGCUCAGCCGAAGAGAAGUCUUCCUCUAGCGGGGGAGCCUCGCGAUGCUUUUCGUCCUUUGGCGUUGCGACUGCAUGGAGAGACGCCUCCUCGACUUUAUGAGUUUACUAUGCCAACUGAGAGACUGCGGGACAUUGUGCGGCUCAUGUUGUACCACAGCUUUGGGAUAAACAAGUUGGACUGUUUGGUGGGCACUGGCGAGCUUGAUGAGGUUGCUGAUUGCGUGACUCGGACAUUCGCGCAGUAUUCUGAUGUUGGGAUUAAUUGGCCCAUGUUCGAUAAGGGCUGUAGGUCUGCGCCAUUUCUUCUAGAUGCUCUGCAUGAUAUCAUAAGCUCUCUCUUGACCGAACCGUCUCAUCUCGAAGCGAAUGUGCUGAAGUGUCUGCAUCAACCUGGGAAAUUGUUCAAAACCCAUAUUCUCUUCCAACUCAACACGAUCUUCAAGAAUGACCUGAUUCUCUGGUUCGAGUAUUUCAAAUUCUCCUGGAAUCAUGAUAUCCGACAUCACCCGGUCAGCACAUCGGAACUAGCGGCAAUGAUCGAGCAAUCGGAGGAUCGACUUCUCAUUCUUGUGUCUGGAAAAGGCACUAAAACACAAGACAAGUACCUUCUGGGCAUGUUUAUCCCAUCUCCAAAGCAAGACUGCCACCGGAUCCAGCCGAAGCAAGGGGAGAACUGGCCAAUAUGUUCCCUUUUCGAGCUAAGCCCUAUCCAAAGUGUUUUCGAGGCGAACCUAGAAUGUCCUACAUGGACGCUCAGUGGAGACGAGAUAUCGUUCGGAGACCCAGAAAAUGGAGUCGCUCUGGUAUUGAAAAAUGGUCUUGGGAAGGCAUCAUUUACGCAAAGCUUGAAUGGUCGGAAUGAGCCGAUACAGGCCGAUUUUCUGGCAAGGCAGCUUUUCUAUAGACCUGGAAGUGGAUGGAAUUGA